AUGCUCCUCGGUGGAGAUUUCAGACAGAUAUUACCUGUAAUUCCUAAGGGAACUCGACAAGACACCGUCAAUGCUUCGAUAAGCAAGUCCUACUUGUGGCACUCAGCACAAGUACACACCUUGAGCAUCAACAUGACACUGAGACAAGCUGACAAGAAAUUUGCGGAAUGGAUCUUGAGUGUUGGGAAUGGAACGACGGCCACUGUGGAAACAUAUGCAGGGAGUCAUGAGGAUGGAGAAAAGAUUGUAAUAGCAGAUGAGUUUAUGCUUCUAAAGAGUGAUAACCCGUAUCAGUUAAUAUCAGAUGCUGCAUAUCCAAACUUCGUCGAAAACUACUUAAACCGGUCCUACUUGACCGAUAGAGCUAUUUUAGCACCAACUAAUGCAAGUGCACAAGAGAUGAACUCUUACCUACUGUCUAAGGUUCCAUCUGCAGAAAAGGAAUAUCUAAGUUCUGAUACAAUUUCCUUCGAAUCAACCCCUACAGACGAUUGGACAAAGAACUACACGCAAGAGUACUUAAACUCUUAG